AUGUGCUUCGGAACGUACAUCGUCUCCUACUCGUGCGGUCACGUCUCGGCGACUCCAAACGUCUGCUUGCGUGACGUCGCACCUCACUAUCGCUGCGAACCUCGUGGGAUGAAAAUAACGCAGCCCAACGGACGAUGCGUCGAAUGCUACAGCAGAGACCUUUCGCCCCACCAGCACCUCACUACCACUGCUCGUUUCAAUCCGGAUCCCAAGUUCGCCAUCGAGGACAGACAGACUCUGACGCCUCAGAGUAGCGUGGACAGCUCGGAGAAGAACGCAGCAAUAACCAGAUGGAUUAUGGAUAUCCCCGUGCUAGGCCCUGGUUCGAUCCAUAUCGAAAGAGAGUUACGCCAAACAGCCUGUUCCCUCACAGAGGCUCUCGCAGAUCGUGGCUAUCAGCCUGACCAUGGGUCUUCACGUCCGACAACGAGUCAUACACGCCAGAUGGCCGAUCCCCGAGGUUACGAGGCAGACUAUGACGACGAUGACAGCCUCUAA